AUGCUUUCCGAGUCUUUCUUCGCCUCCACCGGCGGACCUCCCCUCUCCUCUAGGACGGAAAUAGCAAGGGAUGUAGGGAUCUACUCUUACCAGUUACAUCCCACACUGAGCGCGAAAUCCACCUUCAAGAAGAGUUCCACAUCUCCAAAUUGCCUGGCCGUCAGUGAUUCACAUAUCUUUGCGGCGCAAAAGGACAAGGCUCACGUCCAUGUCUACUCGAGGAUACGAGGCAACCAGGAAGCUUUGAUUCCCUUCCAAGAGAAAAUAACUUCUAUCGCUUUGAUACAAGAUGUCUUGCUCCUAGGCACAGCUCAGGGCAGACUGAUACUAUGGGAGAUUUGCACAGGCCGCCAGGCCGCUACCCCUGCUUGCCACGUUCAGGCCAUAACCUGCCUAGCAGCUACAUCCUAUCACGUACUCACAGGAUCUGAUGACUCGAACGUUCACGUUUGGUCGUUGCCUCACCUCCUCGACCUUGAUGUUCGGGCAGAUUAUGAACCAGACCGGUCCUUUUCAAAUCACAGGGCUGCCGUUACGUCUGUGAUCAUCUUUAAAAGCACUAAUCCGGAGACUUCCAUGUGCAUCUCUGCCAGCAAGGACAAGACAUGCAUUAUUUGGAAUUACCAGACAGGCGAGGCAUUGAGGACUCUGCUGUUUCCAUCCAUACCGCUCUGUGUGUGCCUAGAUCCCUGCGCUCGAGCUAUCUUUGUAGCCUCAGAGGAUGGUUCCGUCUUCGCGGUGGAGCUGUUCGGAGACAAAGCUCUCCUUGGUCCCCGCAGUGAAGGCCUUUCCUCGACUGCAGUCCAAGUCACCACUCCUCUCGGAGUCGCUGAGGCCGACGACGGACCGGCUUCCUGCAUAGCGUCCAGUUUUGACGGAACUACUUUGCUCACUGGCCACUCCAAGGGCAAGGUGCUCCAAUGGACCUUGGCGAGCGAUGGCCAUCCGACCAAGGUUGCAGAUUUAAAUUCACCUGUCACAAACUUGGUGUUCUCGCAGCCGAUGGCGGAGAAGAAGCCCAUCAAGAUCCACACCGUUGUCAAGCCCACUCGCGCAGAGAGGCAGUAUACCUUUACGGCGCAAUUAGAGACGAGCCUCGCCGACGAAACCAAGUUCAGCCGGGUGCUGAACUCCAAGGGCUUCCCUCCAGAUGUACUAGAAGCCGCCCUACUCGGUUUGGAGCAGUCUAAUUCAGGCACCUCCUCGGGCCAAGGGGCUGAUGAAGCGAACGAAGAGCUGUGGCAGAUUAUAAAUGAACAACGCGCCUUGCAACAGCUCACCUUCCAGAAAUAUGUCGAGGCCAAGACACCACAUUAG